UUUUCCUUUUUCUUGCAGUGCUGGGGGUGAACCCCAUCAAGCCCCUGUCCCCCCACUUUUUUGUUCUCAUCUGUUCUUUAUUGCUCUUUGUCAGCUCAGCUCACCAGAAGGAAAGCUCAUUCUGUUUUGUGGGACGAAGCCACUGAAACUCUGUUGUAAUUUGUGUUUUGAUAGAGGAAAGCCUCGGCCAGCCCGGAGAUCCCCAUCACCCUCCCCGGCCGUUCUGCCGUCCCCACGGCCACGUCGUCAACUCCCGUGACUCCAGUGGCUCUUCGGUGCCCACAAACCUUCCCGCUUUGACCUUUCUCUACCUGUUCCUACCGCCUCUCCUCACUUGUUCUUCAGUACUGCAACCUGCAUGUGCGCACGCGCACACACACACACACACACACACACACACACACACACACACACACAUCCCGCGUACACCCCGGUGCUCUCCAUUGCUCACAAAUCCACCUAUUGUGGCAGCGUUUGCUGCUUACCCUCUUCAGGAGUUAGCUCCCGAGGGCAGGCUCUGUCUGUUUUCCCCUAUGAUAAUGUUAUCUCAAGAGCGGAGAACAAUGUCUGGCAUCUGGAAGCAUCUGCUCGCUAAUGUCGUGACACUUGUGCCCACUCAGGGUGAGCGCUGAGCUGGGCUGCAGAGAUGGUCCAAGAACUUUCUAGUGAAGUUUGUGAUGGCCCUCGGAGGCACCAGCCAUCAGCCCAGGCUUGGAAGUGACCCUGGAUACAGAAGAAACUGAAGAUCUUCUUAGGGGUUUGUUUGCUUGUUUUCUCUUUAUGCACAAGUAUGUAGAGCUGUUGAUGGUUUCAAGUGAAAAGGAAACGGAGUGGGGGAAUUCCUUGUUGGGGUGAAAAAUCUACUUGUCAGUAGAUUAAGCUCAGAGGCAGGGAGGGACCUACCUGCCCCUGGAAUGAGGAAGCCCCUGGCCCAGCAGGGGUGCGGCAGGAGAGGGGAGGAGUGUCUUACUGCUGUGUUCCCUCCAUCGACUUGAUGGGAGAGUUUCACAAGGGGUCAUGGCUAAGGAGAGUUUCACACGGGGUCAUGGCGACUGGGCGAGGUCUCCGGAAGUCCAGGUCGCUACAGCGACCCGCUCCUCUCUCCGCCUGUUCAAAGGGUGGAGAGCUGAGUUGGAGUGGGGAAAUGGAAGAGGCUCCACCGACGCACCGUGUUCCUGGGACUGGUCCCAAGACGCUCAACUCCAAGUGGCAAGUUGCUCCACACAGACGCCAUCAGCCCCUUCUGAAGAGGCUAACAUAUCCCAAGAUGACAACCCUUCCUCCUAGGUCUCACAGUCUGUCACCUCAGUAUGGAGUACAGUUCUAGAUGACAGUGUCCCAUAUCCAGCAGCAAAUCCUGGACUGCCAGGCCGAAGAGCCCUCAGAGCUCUUCUUGACUAAGGCCCAGAGUGGGCAAGCUCCUUGUCUAAGAUCGCACAGUUUCUGACCCACCAUGAAGGGCAGAGCUGGAAACAGGACAGAUAUUUUGAUACAGCUUUAAACUUCUUCCUAGUUCCUACUUUUGUGAUUCUGUGACACCCACCACGUCUGCUCCGUCACAGGCUACUUUCAUCCAAAAGCACUUACUUAAAAUUCCCAAGGAACCUUGUUUGGCCACAGGUUCUGUUUCAGGGGAGGCACAUUGGAAAUUACAGUCUGUAACUCCACUCCUAAGUGUCCCUACUCAGCUCUCUCACGUUGGCACCCCUCCCCAGGCCCUUGGACUCAGAGGAGCAUGGCACCCUCCACGUCCUGGCACCUGAAGCCUGGCUAGGGACACAGGUCCUGGCUUUGACGUGGCUACAAAAUCUCAGGAUGUUGAAAAUAGAUAUUAGAAGUGAGAGUCCUGCCCCCACACUGGAACAUUGUCCCCUUGAGACCCCAGAAACACUCACAUCUACUGGUCGGGGAUGGGGGUUCCCACUUAUAUCUUGAGCACCUGAGAUGUAUGUAUGUUCUAUGAGCACCAACCAAGUACAGGAAAGACUCUAAGAACUUCAAUAGCCUCCUGAGUCAGACAGCAUGCCCAUUUUACAGAUGAAAAAAGUUGAGGCUCAGAAAGGUUCUCUCAUUUGCUCUUGAUCCCUAGAACUAAUAAAAUCUAGGCCCAGCAGAAAAACUCAGGUCCUAUCCAUGAAACCCAGACCCCAGGUAAGGAUGAGUGGGGUAAACAUCAUCUCUCCCACGCCCUUCCCAGUUUUAGGGGAGGAUAUCAGAACAGAAAUGAGGCUGUAUUUUCAAAUCAGAGAGGCAAGGCUGCCAGGCAAGGGGGCGGGGGAGGAAGCAAGCCUGUGUCAGCCCUCACUGCGCGUCUGUGUUCACCUGGCUGCAUUCUGGAACCUACCGGGUCACACCUGAGCAGGCGGCUGCCCCUCCUCCCUGGGUUGAGGAAGCAGGAAAGGGUGGUGAGGAGAGGCAGCAGGCAGGUCUGCCAGGCAGCGGUGGUCAGUGCCCAGGCAGGAUGGGCUUUGUCUGGGUCCUAGCUGUGCCUCUCCUUUUCUCCUGCUGGAAGGCUGGAGUCACUGCCAGCUCUGCAGGCCUGAGCAGCGGCAGUUCAGCCCCUUUGAUGACAACCAACAACACGGAAGUGCCUGCCUUUACUCAAAGGGACAGGCCCAGCUCAGAGGGGGCUUUCCAGACCACUCACCUGACUCAGGAUGUUCCUCUAGACGCUUUAACUCUGAGCACUGAAACUGCUUCUAGUACCUUAACUGCAACCAGUACCAGUUCAGAAGUCAAUUCCAGGGACACCCAGACCAUCUCUCCUGUAACAGAGACUGGGAAGACACAGACUACCUCCCUUACAGCAUCAACCCUGGAUAUUCAGACCACCUCCCCUGCAACAUCAACCCUAGAUAUUCACACCACCUCCCCUACAGCAUCAACCCUGGAUAUUCACACCACCUCCCCUACAGCAUCAACCCUGGAUAUUCACACCACCUCCCCUGCAAUAUCAACCCUAGAUAUUCAGACCACCUCCCCUACAGCAUCAACCCUGACCUCUUCCCCUGCAGCAUCAACCCUGGAGACCCAGACUUCUUCCCUCUUAGCAUUUACCAUAGAUACACAGGCCACUUCUCCUGCAGCAUCAACCCUAAAUACUCAGACCACCUCCCCUGCAACAUCCACCCUGGAUACCCAGACCACUUUCCCUGCAACAGAGGCCCUAGAGAACCAGACUAUUUUCCCUAUUGAUUUGACCCUAAAAACCCAGACCGUUUCCUCUGUAACAGAGACCAGAACUCUUGCAAUAAGAGUACCUUCCAACUUCAUGGUCAUGCAUCCCAUCCCUACGGACACUUCGGCUACACAGGGCAGCCCCAGAACUGGAAUGAGCACUGUCAAGACUGGCACACUGAGUGGUCCCAUAGGAGCCAUCAUUGGCACCCUUUGUAUUGAUGACAGCUCGGAAGAGGCGAGGAAGAUCACAAUUGACCUCUUAACCUUGGCACAUACCUCCACAGAAGCUGAACACCUGUCCUCAGACAGCAGCUCCUCCUCAGACAGCUCAGCUGGCGUCCUCACCAGCUCACAGGUCCUGGGAUCCGAUAUUGCAACUCCAGCCAAGGACUUGGUUGCCUUCAGCAUCACCCAGAUUAAGCUCACCACCUGCAUCACAGAAAUAGAAACAUCUGUCGUCACCUCAGACACUAACAACGGCCCUACGGGAGCGACAGCCUUGUCCACUUCUGAGACGCUCACUUUGCCUCAAUCCCCCGAGGCAAAACCACUUAGCCCCAAGACCACAAGCUCACCCGGGACCCCAUCAACAGCUGGCACCUCAACCCUUGCCACCACCCUUGAGGGCACGCCCCCUAUUAGUGGCGUCACAGAAAGAGAAUCAACAGUGGCUCAGGCUCCUACCUCCAGAGUCACUUCAGGGACAGUCAGUACGAACCCACUGAAAGAGACCUCAGCACUCUCGACAGUGACACAAUGGCACCCUGAGGUCUCGGGAACAACUACCGUCUCCAGGGCUACUGGGUCAACGACGGGACAAGCAACCUCCUUCACUAGCUCCUCAACUUCAGACAACAGUCCCUCAGCAGGGGUCACCACCAAGAGCUCUACUACCUCAGAGACUUUAACCAGCAGCUCCUUAGCCAAGACCACGGCCUCACCAAAGACCUCAAUGGAGCCCCUAACAUCUACACCCACUGCUGCUUGGACAAGGACCACAAAACACGAACCAGGGGAAGAUGGAGGCUUCCUCCUUGUACGGCUGAGUGUGGCCUCCCCUGAGGACCUCACUGAGCCCAAAGCCGUAGAGAAGCUGAUGGACCAGCUCAGCUGUGAACUGCGCACCCACAUGCCACUUGUCCAAGUGUCCUUACUGAGCGUCAGAAGGGGCUGAAGAAUGUUAGCUGCAACCAAGCAUGUCCUCUGUAGCAGAAGUGUGGUGCUGCCUGUGGCCCGGACCCCAAGCAGACCAAAGCUGUGGUACUGUGCUAUGGACCCACAAGGUUCCCAUGAAGGUCAGCUGGCCUGAGAACCCUGCCCCAUACCUGACCACAAGGCCUUGGUCCACUAUGCCUGAGUGUGUGUGCAGGAGGAGAAGGGCUGGCCUGUUUCCAAUGGUGUCCUUCACCACCUCUGACUGGUUAUUGUAUUUCAGUAAAGAGAAAGCUGACCACUCCACCUUGUUCUUCCAUUUUGUACUCAUGACACUCCAGGUGACCCAGAGAUUGUCUGUAUUGAGCCCGCAUGCCUUAGAUGUUUUUAUUAUGUGGGAA